AUGGGGUGUCGGUAAAGGAGUUGUUUUCAACUCAGAAGCAGUUUCCCUAGCUCCACAAAACAAGCAGAGGAGAGAACUACCCCGGAGCCCUAUUCUUGCACAGACUCCCCAUCCAGGACCGCCAUGGCCCAGUGCGUCCAGUCUGUGCAAGAGUUCAUCCAGGACUCAUUUGUGCCGAUGGUGGCCGUCUUGUGCAGCGAAGAUGCGGAGAAAGUGACCCGUAAAAACAACCUAAAUUUCCCGGAGCUUCUGAGGCCCUUUUGCCGGCUUACAUCAGAAGGUCACCUACGGGACCCGAAUAACCAGGUGCAGGUGGUGAAGGGGCUGCGGAUCAGCGUGACGGGCGUGAACACGCGCCCCCUGCAGAUGCCUGAGGUUCGCCGACUGCUCAACCAGGCGGUGUCGGCCUGCCAGCCUCCCGAAGGCCUCUCCACCAACGUCAUCACCGCCGGAGACUACGACCUCAACAUCAGCGACCGCUCUGUUAAAGCGAGCGUUCCCUGGUACUCAGACUGGAGAGAAACACUCAUUCAGCUCAGCUCAUCCAAAUACUAUACAGCAACGACUCCCUGGUUUGAAGCAUACAGGGAAAGCUUUCUGCAGUCCAUGCCAGCGUCUGACCAUGAAUUUCUCAACCACUACUUGGCCUGCAUGCUGGUGGUGUCCUCUCGUGAGGCGGUGCCCGUGGAGCAGUUCUCGAGGCUGUCUCAGGAGCAGCACAGGAUCCAGCACAGUGGGGAGCACACCUGGCCCAAAUGGUUCAUCCCGAACACACUCAAAUACUACGUCCUGCUGCACGACAUCAGCGAGGGUGACGAACAGAGGGCGGAGUCAGUGUAUGAGGAUAUGAAGCAACGGUAUGGGACCCAGGCCUGUUACCUGUUGAAGAUAAACUCCAGGGCAGACUCUGCGGGGUCAGAUGAACAGAUGCCUGAUCCCUGGAGUCAGUACCUCCAGAAGACAAACUUACAGAACGCUGAGUUUUACGAAGACACUGUCAUGAACAACAUCAGUGUGGAGAACAACUUCGGCACUGAGGAGGACGGCCUUGACCCCGCGACCUCAGAACGAGUCUCUGACGGUUUAGAGGCUCAUCCUCUUAAACUGGACCAGUCAGCAGAACCCGCUUAUUCUGGCAUCCCUAGUGAACCCAUUGACAGCUUAGAGACUCCGAGACCACUCAAACCGGCCAGCGGGACGGCGGGCGUGGCCCCCAGCCCCACGGGAACCGCCCAUGGGGCGUGUCUCACUCUGAAUGACCAUGACCGCAUCAGACAAUUCAUACAGGAGUUUACCUUCAGAGGACUGCUGCCUCACAUAGAGAAAAACAUACGCCAACUCAACGACCAGGUGGUGUCAAGGAAAGGUUUGAGCAGGUCGCUGUUUUCAGCCACGAAAAAGUGGUUUGGUGGAGGAAAAGUUCCAGAGAAGAACAUUAGUGAGCUGAAGAACACAACUGGGCUGCUGUAUCCGCCUGAGGCUCCGGAGCUGCAGAUCAGGAAGAUGGCAGACUUGUGUUUCCUGGUUCAGCACUAUGAACUGGCCUACAACUGCUACCACACUGCCAAGAAAGACUUCCUGUCCGACCAGGCCAUGCUGUACGCUGCAGGAGCCCUGGAGAUGGCCGCUGUAUCAGCGUUUCUGCAGACAGGUGCUCAGAGGCCGUACCCAGACCGCUACAUGGACACAGCCAUCCAGACUUACAGAGACACGUGCAAGAACAUGGUUCUGGCUGAGCGGUGUGCUCUGUUAAGUGCUGAGGUGUUGAAAAGUCAGGGGAAAUACUCAGAGGCAGCAACUCUGCUCAUCAAAAUGACCAGUGAGGACUCUGACCUGCGUAGUGCGCUCCUAUUGGAGCAAGCGGCUCACUGCUUCAUUAAUAUGCGCAGUCCCAUGGUGAGAAAGUUUGCCUUCCACAUGAUUCUGGCAGGACAUCGCUUCAGUAAGGCAGGACAGAAGCGGCAUGCGUUGCGGUGUUACAGUCAGGCCAUGCAGGUGUAUAAGGGCAAAGGUUGGACGCUGGCGGAGGAUCAUAUAAACUUCACCAUCGGCCGUCACUCCUUCACGCUGCGCCAGCCGGACAACGCCGUGGCCGCCUUCCGCCACAUCCUCAUCAACGACAGCAAACAGACGGCUGUGCAGCAGGGCGCCUUCCUGAGGGAGUACCUCUACGUUUACAAGAGUGUCAGUCAGUCGACCAAUGAGAGUGUUCUUCCCCAGCUGCCCCUCCCCUGUCUGUACAGCGCACGCACUCGAGUUUUCUUUGGCCAUGAACGCCGACUCGCAGAGGGUGCGAAGGAGCCAGGUGAGAAGCAGGCGGCAACGCACGUGUCGUUGGAUCAGGAGUUUGACCGUGACCUCUCUCAGCUCUGGAGGGAACUGGAGGAGCAGCUGGUUGCCGUGGCAAAUAAGGGCGUGGUCCCCAUCUCGUUCCAGCCCACCCAGUAUUGUCUGAACAGCCAGACAGACAACCUCAGAGACCCGCUGGCUGUGGUGGAAGAACCCAUCAUUGUGGAGGUGGUGUUCAGGAACCCUUUGAAGGUUCCGCUGGCUCUCUCAGAGCUCUCUCUGCUCUGGAAGUUCACAGUCAAAGACUUCAGUGGUCCUCAAGGCGGCACAGUCAAAGAGACCAUCACUAACGAGAAAGAGUUAUCUACAUCACAUACCAAAUCUCUGAAUGACAUCAUCAGCACUGAAGUUAUUUCUGACUUCAGGAUGAGUCCAGAGGAGACCAAAGUGGCUCGACUGAAGCUGCUCCCUCAUCAGACUGGAGAGUUACAUGUUCUGGGUGUGGUUUAUAACCUGGGCACAGGAGAUGGUACCAGCAGCACUGUGGAGGGUGAGCUGUUGUCUGUGCGUGGUCGUCAGGACCUGGAGAUUCAGGGACCACGUCUCAACAUGACCAAAGAGGAGAAAACGUCGGUCAGGCACGGGCCCGAUCGCCGUCUGGACCCCAUCAUAACCCCGCCCAUGCCUCUCCUCGAGGUGUUUUUUAUUAAUUUUCCCACCGGGCUGCUGUGCGGAGAGAUCCGGAAGGCCUGGGUGGAGUUUGUGAACGUCAGUGCCGUUCCUCUGACCGGACUGCGCGUCGCCUCCACCCACACGGAGUUCUUCACCUUCGGCAGCGCCGUCUCCGACCUCACCCCCGUCACGCCCACCGCCGCCGAGCACUGCUCCGCCUACAAAACCGUGGCCACGCCCCCCUCCGCGGCCUCCGUCACGUUAGUGUCGCCCGAGGUGUUCGGGGGCGCCGGGGCCGAGCGCCCGGCGGUGGCGGAGAUCCCGCUGACGGGGGACGUGUUGGGUCCCGGGGAGGCGCUGCAGAUCCCGCUGUGGCUCCGCGGGCCGGACCGUGAGGGCGUGCAUGAGAUCAACUUCCUGUUCUACUAUGAGAGCACGGUGAAGGGCUCCAAACUCAGUCAUAGGGUUCUGCGUCACACGGCUGUGAUCUGUGCCAGUCGCUCUCUGAGCGUAAGGGCCACGGCAUGUCGCAGUAACACACUGCAGGAGCGAGGGAGCGAGGAGGAGAGGAGCACGCUGCAGGAGCGGGGGAGCGAGGAGGAGAGGAAUGGCAACAUGCUCGUCUUCAUCGACGUGGAGAAUGUCAAUACUAGUGAGGCAGGUGUGCGGGAGUUCCACAUCGUCCAGGUGUCCAGCAGCAGCAGGCAGUGGAAGCUCCAGAAGUGCAUAAACCCCGGGGGAGACCGAGACUCAAAGCUUGCCAGCCGAGAAAGAGGGAAGCUGUGCUUCAGAGCGAGCAGGUGCAGGACACAGGAAGGUCCAGCGGAGAAGUACACCUUUGCCGACCUUAACCUGGGAAAUGAACUGAUCGUCAGUUCCACCACGCCAUGUGCAGACUUCUUUUUCCGGAGAGGUCUUCCCUCUGAGCCCAGAAAAGGGGGUGUGGUCACAGGUGGAGCUGGUCAUACUCGGGGUCAGGCUGUGUCAGCAGUGGGCGUGGCCAGCGAUGAGGGCGUCGCCAGCGUGGUGAAGAAGUGCAGUGAGGUGGAUCUGGACAUCAUCGUCCUCUGGAAGGCGUAUGUGGUGGAAGAUAAUAAACAGCUCAUCUUAGAAGGGCAACUUCACGUGGCUUUACAAACCAUCGGCAAAGAGGCCUGUUCACUCUCACAAAAAGAGGAGGCUCAGGAAAUGGUGCUGCUGAAAUUUAAGCCGGAUUUACCACCUCCAAUCACACGGCCUUCCCUGGAACAGCUGUCUCACCUCAUCAGGACCUGUCUGCGUUACCCUGAGUCCUACGAUCACCCCUUCCCACAGAAGAGUCUGUGCAUGGUGCCGGUUACCCUGACCCUGUCAAACUGCUCCUUGGCUGAAGUCGACGUAAUUGUGGACUUGAGACAUAAAGCCACCAGCCCGGAGUCUCUGGAGGUCCAUGGCUCCUUUACCUGGUUGGGCCAAACUCAGUAUAAACUGCAGUUACAGGCGCAGGAGGUGCACAGACUUCCUCUGAAGGCCUGCUUCUUCCAGGCGGGCGUUUACAACCUGGGCACGCCACGUGUCUUCGCCAAGCUGGCACAGACUGGCACCAUGUGUGAAACCAGCCAACAGAGCGCAAUGCCAGCUCUCAUCAUCAUCAACAGCAUCUGAACGUCCCUGGAACGUUUUCCUAACAUUGGCUCAACGUCAGGCUGAUGCUCUUGCGCCGAAGCCCGCACAGUGCUUAAAGAACCCGAAGCGUUUUCUACUUCUUAAUAAAAAAAGAAAAGAAAAAGACACUCUGUACAAAACGAAUCUUGCGAAAGACUUUAGACGAUUUGAAUUCAGUCCCUGAAAAUGACGUGAUUGUAAUCUCUGCAGUGGCAAAGUUAUAAAAAAACAAAACAAAAGAAAAACCCUGGCUGUUCUGUCUCAAACGCAAAGUGUCAUGAACAUUAUGUGUCGAUGA